UUUAGUACGAUUCUUUAUAUGUAGUCCAAUAACAUGUACGAAACCAAUAAACGUAAUGUUUUCGCCAAACAAACUAACAAAGUCAUACCUACCACGUUAUUACGUAAGCAUAUAUAGAUUAUUCAUAUUAUUUAGUGAUAUGACAACAGACUAGUUUUUGUUGGAAAUCUUAUCAGAAUCAUGUUAUACUACGGGCGUAGCAUCGACUUAGCAUUUUGCAAUUUUGUUACAUUUAAUAAUAUAUUAUAUAUACGUGCGUGAUGUCUUUUACCGGGAAAAAAUAUCGGAGAGUACGAUGUGAGAAUAUUGAGGAGUUGUUGAAAGCGGCAAAGGGAAUUCGUAAGACAGUGCCCAAACCUGAAAGCAAAGAACCUGCAAGCACUUCGCAAAGCAACAGCAAUGAUUCAGGAUGCAAAGCGAGUUUCUGUAAAAAUUGGAAAAUGGACCCAUCUAAAGGUCCCAAUGAGAAUUUGAUCAGAAUGCUGCAACACAGUGCGCCAAUAUUCUCCUUUACAAGGGUCGAUGACACCACCCUGCAACUGACUGUACAAAUGGAUGAAAUAGUACGAUCCCAUACAUUUAAAUUGGAUGAGCAGCAAGAGUGGGCAAGAAGAGAUGGCUGCCAGAUAAAAGUCAAAUUCACUUUGGAAAGUGAGAAUGUUUUAAAACAGGAGAUUCAUCAAGCAGACGGCACAGUGGCUUAUUUUAUAAGGGAAUUCAGCGACAGGGAAACAAAAAUGACUAUAAAACUCGAAGGCGUAGAUGCCGAAGCAGUUAUAUAUUACGAAAUUGUAGAAUAAGUAAAUAUAAGAAAUGAAAUAAGUAUAUUUAUUUUCUAAGUUACUAAAUAUGAGAAGUCUUCUCUUUGUAUAAUAGGUACUUAUAAACAUUAAUUACAUCUAUUCAUUCCAUAAUUCAUACAUCAAGGAUUUUAGAUAAAUUCAAGCAUGAAAUUGUGUUUGGUAUACUAUAUCUGUGAUAUAAGUAGGUACUGAAAUUAAUUUAUACAGUUGUAAUUGACCGUGCAUAGAUGCGAGAAGUUUACUGUAUUUUCUAAAUAAAUUGUAAAUACCUAACUACUUUGUAGCUUC